CAUUGGGCGACGCGUCUGACGCUCUUUGAAAACAACAAUAAACCUGAGUUGCCGAUGCGAGCUUGCGUUUAUGCUCCUUGAUAUUUGCUUUAUCAGUCGCCGGUGAAAGAAGAGAGCCACAUGAAGGGCAGAAGAUAGCUCUAGUACGCACUCGACGGGUGUGACGAUGGGGUUCUUUCAAGGUGUGUGCUGUCGAUCAACUCCCGAAGAUCGGGAAGCUCGGCGGCGUUUGGGCAAACCCCGUGGAUGCACCGACGUCUUCUGUCUCGUGAUCUUCUUUUCCUUCUGGGGCAUCACGAUCUUCAUCAGCGCCUUCGCAUUCGUCAUCGGAAACCCCUUCCGACUCAUCAGUGGCUACGACAGUUUCGGAAACACCUGCGGUAUGGAAAACGAACCGUUCGGUAGCUUGGCCUUCUCAGGACUGAACAUGACGGAUAGACAAUACGUCUUCUACUUGGAUCUCUCCAAUAUCAAACAUUCGCUUAAAAUAUGCGUCAAACAGUGCCCUCAUCGAGACAUAUCGGAUGUCCCGGAUUUGCUCAAGUUCGAAGAAGAGACGGGAUCGUUUCUCUGUAGGUACGACGUGGUCACUGCGAAUCCUCACUUGAGCGUGCUCUACCCGCCGCUGUUAAAUCAGACGAUUUUGGACAUGUUUAACAAGGAGCAGGAAGUGACAGGGUUUGGACCUUGUCCCAGGUUUCCGGUACGCGCCUCCACUCCAUUGCUGAACCGCUGCGUACCUGACGCUGCCGUUGGACUGGCAAGUGAUCUCUUACACAGCAUUUACGCCUACUUAAACAGCAUCGAUGUGUUACAGCAAGUUCUGUUUUUCAGGCUACAACGUCUGAACCGGUGCACAUCUAUCGCUGGCUCCCGAAGGCUCUCAAAUAUUGCACCCAAUGAACAGCUACCAGAUUUAUCCCAUCGUCCUGUUAUGCUUCGUGAAAUAAUUCAACAUCUCAACGUGAAAGACAAUCAGACAUUUAUUGACUUCACCUUUGGCGCUGGUGGACACACUAGAAAAAUCCUAAAGUCCGCUCAAAAUGUUCGGGUUUACGGCAUUGAUCGAGAUCCUCUAGCGUACAGAAUGGCAUCUGCUAUGUCGGAGGAGUUUCCAAAUCGACUCAUUCCCCUACUAGCACGGUUUAGUGAGGCCGAGAGCCUACUCAUGCAGCACGGAGUUCAGCCAAAUUCAGUCGACGGUGCGAUUUUGGACUGCGGUUGCUCGUCAAUGCAGUUUGAUGACCCUUCACGUGGGUUUUCUUUGAGCCGUGAUGGACCGUUGGAUAUGAGAAUGGAUAGAGAAAGGUACCCGGACGAGCCAACGGCUGCAGACGUGGUGAAUUCGCUCGACGCGGAAUCUCUUGCGCGAAUCUUCAAGGUGUACGGAGAAGAGAAGAAAUCUAAGAAAGUGGCGCAAGCAAUCAUAGACUCACGUUUUAUGAUGAAGCGUAUCGCUACCACGUGGGAACUGGCAGAGGUUGUCGGCGGAGCCCUCAGUGAACGCUACGAGCGUCAUGACAAACUGCAGCGACCAGCACAUUCUGCAACAAAGGUCUUCAUGGCAUUGCGCAUCUUUGUCAACAACGAAUUAAACGAGCUCAGCUACGCCCUUCACGUCGCUUCUCGACUGCUUAAACCCGGAGCUCGGAUGCUAGUGCUGUCUUUUCACUCCCUCGAAGACCGUGUGGUAAAGCGACACUUCCAGGACGUCGAUAUCGACGAGCCUGUGAGCACAUCCAUCUCUCAGAAGUAUCGCAAUGCAACAAAGUGGCACAACGUGGACGAGAUGGAGAAGGAGCGGAUCCGGGUCUGGCAACCUGUCAAGAACGCUCGGCUCAUACUGCCCACAGACGAUGAGGUGUACGAGAAUCCCCGGAGCCGGUCGGCCAAACUUAGGGUGGCGGAGAAAGCGGCGUAGUCCACCACCUCCGUGUAAAUAUGUGGUAGUAUGUAACACGAGCAACGUUGCUAAUCAACGUUGGUCCACAGAGUGCCUUAGGUGUGGAGCACCGCACAAGUGUAGAUCUAUCAGCCUGGCUCGAACCUGUCAUGCGGAUGCUGAGAGUCCAGGCCAGUGGCUGUAAAGCCCAGACUGACAUAUUUAUGUGAAAGAUGAAAGUCACUGGAAAGGUUAGCCAGCUGUAGGACUCGAACCCACAUCUUCUCGAUUGUGGCUUCUGAUGUGGGUUCGAGUCCUGCAGCUGGCUAACCUUUUCAGUGACUUUAAUCUUUCAUGGCAUUUCUUAGGCAAAUUGAGGCUUUGUAUGUAUUUGUCCCUUCUAUGUUGUUCCAGCCUCAGAACAUCAGUUGUUUCAUAUUUAUGUGGUCCGUUCAGUUGUCCAGAUUAUGUGAAACAGAAUGACUGGAGCAAAAGAAGGAAAAAAAAAAAGAGGGUGAUAGAUAGAUACUGACAAAGACUAAUACAUGACUCAAGAUCCGUGCUUGGACCUGCGCCCAAGAUGAAAGCAACUGUAAGGACUGCGCCGGGCUCAGGUUUUCGGGCUAACCCGGACCCACGCAGUGAAUACAUGAGAAUGUUUUCAAUUGCAUGGAACCAACAUGUAUAUAUUUAUAAGUAUAUAUUUAAACAUUUUUUGCUAUACAUCGCAACGGGCAUCUUGGAGGCAACCUGCAUACUUUGCACACUGCAUGAGCCGAUCUCUCAGGCUCUUCGAGCUACGAAGCACAAACCACAGUAGCAGAAGCAGCGAAUAUAAGAAGGUUCUGUAAUAUAUAUAGUUUUUUUUUUUCUUCUUCAUGAAAUGAACACGGUGGGGACCUUUUAUAAUAAUCCUCCAAAUAAAUGAAGAUGACAAUAUCUGCUACACAACCAACAUAACACAUAAGGGAAACAUGAUACUGACAAAAUUGUGUGAAUGCAGGCUAGCUGGUGUAUGAGCUCCGUAAUGUAAAAGCCUGAGCGUGGCCACACAGUGUGUUCCCAGGCUCAGGCUCUUACGUUAUGGAAACAUGAUAGCAUCCUAAUACGCCAAUGUUUUGACAGUGAUGAGGCAUCCACACCACAAUAGUACUACUUAUCAUAUGCACACUGAACUACAUUUGCUAACUCAGUCCAGAAAGCAGACUAAUAAGCCAAAGGCCCAAUCAAAUGCUCCAUAAAGAAUGUAUAAAAAGUGUCAUUUUGUGGGUGCACCAUGUGGGUGAAAGUGAAGAAGCAUUCCUGAAGGAAGUAGCUUUGGAAGGCCAUGUUGGCUCUGGAAGUGGAAAAAGCAGGGAAGGAGGGCAGUUGUAUGUGGUAUGGACGCACAGCAAAUAAAAUAGAGGCCUUUGGGGUGUAUCCAAAAUUUGUUUAGAAAUUAGCUACAAGUGGCCUCCACUGUAUCCGUAACAAUAAUCGUGGCAUACAUGUAUCGAAGUACAUAUUGGCCUUCUUCCAUGAUAAUGAACUGUAAUGAAGAGCAAUCAAUAGGAAUUGAAGGGCUCAGGACCAAAAAAGUCCUACAAGAUGGCAGAAUGUGAGCUCUGUGGAAACAGGGAAAAGAGGGAGGGGGGGAAUGGACAGGGAAUGGCUGGGAAAUGGAACUGUAUUAUAUGAAUGAAUGUAAAUAAAUAAAUAAAUAAAUAAAUAAAAUAAACAAAUAAAUGGCCACAGUAGUGUGAAUACGUGUGCACAGAAUGGUAGGAGCAAGCGAUAAUGCGACACUGAUAAAUGCAACAAAAUGUUUCUUUCUUCUUUUUUUUCACGCACAUUAAAAACAUACUGCAUAUAACGUUUUCGAAACUGACAAAAACAGCUCGUGGAAAAUCAUGUUUCUCCUCUGCAUGAAAUUUUGCAGGGUCCAUAACUUAGUCCACCUGGAAUGUAAUGGAUUGCAUAAAAUAAUGGCUUCAGAGGAAUAAUAACAAACCCAUUAUUGCGUUUGCCUCGCAAUUGUCAGGUAGAAUUUUUUCCCCCUAUGGCAGACGAUAAUGUAUUCUGUUGAAUAGCUCUGUUGCGCCUGAAAGGAGCUGGCUGUUGAAAUGACUUCCUCCCUCUGUGAGUUAAGCUGGAACAUGCUGAGGUAAUCAAGUAGGAUCAUUAAAGUUGCACGUUAAAUGUCAUCCAUUCAAUUUCACAUUACCUGAAAAGUUAUUACUGUAACUAACUGUUAGUAUUGUUUAGUAAAAUAAAUUAUUUAAAUGUUUCAAUCUCUUUAAAUACUUAUCUUAACAGUUAUUAUACUGUAAGUCUGUUACUGUAACUGCACUAUAUACUACAGCAUUCUAAAAGUUAGUCUCACAAAAUAUCUUCCAAACUUAGUUACAAAAUUUACAUAACAUCUAAUUAUGUAACCAAUUGAUAAAUGCUGCUAUAAAAUCUUAACAACAUGGGGGAGGUCGACGUUUCACGAGCUGCUCCUGUCCCCACUCCGUGUACGAUGGCAUUCACAAUAAAUGCAAAAUUUUUUUCGUGUAACUGCAGGCUGCUUCCAACCAGUGUCUGACCUAAGAUCAUAAUAAAUGCAGUGCACUUCACAA